UUUCUUGAAAGUGCCACGAGUGGCGAGGCCAUUGAGUUGAAUCAGCGCCUCCUGGUCAAAUCAGGUGUACCUGCAUUCCAUCAGGAGCAAGGGGCAGACUUCUCUGCAAGCAAUGAUAGAUCCUGUAAUAACCAGCCCCUUUAGGAAGAGAAAAACACCCAUCACUCAAGCUGGAAGAAACUGAAGAUGGUACGAGUUGUCGUUGCAGUGAUGAUGAUGGUGUGGUUGGCUGCACCGGAGCUCUUGAGUGAUCCCAGCAAUUGUGCUCCCCAAAAUUUGAUUUGCUACAAGCCCUGCUGUGAAGCAGCCUUCCUCUGUCUUAUGAACUGCUCCUGGGAGGUUGGAUGUAAAGAAGAUGUCAAACAUACCCUCCACUUAAGGGAUCAAGCAGAAGGGGAGAUAAGUACAUUUGAGGUUGGAGACCGGACCCACUUUAUCUUUAACACCGACACAGUCUAUGCUCAAAGAAAUUUUACUGUUUGGGUAGAAAGCGUGCCGAGGAACAGCUCUCCUCAGGUCUCAAAGAAUUAUACACUGUUGAUCAAGGAAGCCAUAAAAUUUAAUCCACCAUCAGCCAUCAAUAUUUCUAGAUCGAAAGGUAUCCUGACCUUGAAAUGGCCUGGAUCCAGCACAUGUCGCUCUACACUAAGUGAAGUCAGGAUGAGACAGUUCAGCCAAAUAAACUGGACACUGGGAAACUGUAGCUCCGAUGACACCACGGAGGAAUUAAUAGUUGCCACAUGUCACUUGGAAAAAAACAUUCGUUAUGAAGUGCAGGUUCGGUAUCGAACUGAUCACUGGAGCAGUCACUGGAGCAGCUGGAGUGAAAUCCUCUUUGUUCCUUAUGAAAUCCUCAGAAGUCCCACAGUAAAUUAUACUGUGGAGUCCCUGGGAAAGGAAGGCCAGAGGAAUGUAACUCUGCAAUGGGCGAGACCCUCCGUGGAGGAAGGGGCAGUGAGCUAUUAUCUGACUUUCGUCAUGCUGGCCUGCAAGCAGUGCUUUUCUGGCUUCAAAAAGUACAGCAGUACCGUAAAUAGUACAACUUCGUACCACACUGCCCUUUCUGCAGCUGAAUAUAACAUUUCUCUGGUGGCAUUUAAUAAAGUGGGACAUUCUCCAGCUUAUUCCUUUAAGUUACCACCAGAACAAAAUGCAGUCCUAGGUCCCAAUUUUCUGAAUGUCAAUCUGUCCGGAAGGCAUUACACUCUGAAGUGGGAAGGGGACAAGGACUUUGAUCACUUUUGCUUUGAAGCUCAGCCUCUUGGAGAAAACUUACCUAAGGAAGACUGCAUGAGACAUGAUAAUACUUACCUGGUUACAGGGGAAAUUGAAUCCAACAAGUGUUAUCGCUUUGCAGUAUACAAAUAUAUAAAGUCAUGGAACAUAUAUACAUGGACAACUUUUGGGUAUACAUACCUUUUCCAUAGAAAUGCUUCUCUUGAAGAUGCCAUCCAUGUAAAUGUGACUAACCAAACUGCAAAUUCUGCUGUCAUCCAGUGGAAGCCUCCCAGACCCCUCUCUGAUUGCCCAGGUCUACUGAAGAAAUAUAUCAUAUGUUGUCAAAAGGAGCAAUACGGUAACAUAACAUAUUAUGACGUCAACGUGUCACAGACACGGUAUACAAUCCAGAACUUACAGCCUGACACUUUCUAUCUUGUUGGCAUCUGGGUCUCUACAGCAAACAGCAAAGACAACUGCAAAACUUUUUAUCGAUUUCUAACCAAAGCUCCAGAUCCCAAGCAGCUACCUCUGGUGCUUAGCUUUCUAUUUAUGGGGAUUUUGGGGGGCAUCCUUUUUGUCACCACCAUCUUCUACCUUGGCAAAAAAAGAAUGAAGAAAUCUCUGUGCCCAGCAUUGCCAGAUCCUGCAAAUACAGAUGCUGUGAAGUUUCACACCACAGCAGAAACAGGCCAGCCCCAGGUAAAGUUGGAUUUUAUGGAACCAAUGGAAGCCAACAGCCCCAUGCAACCAUUGGUUGUAGAACCUUCAUCUGACAAAGAGGAGCCAGUUACUGAUACAGCAAUGGAGUUGUUGGGAUUUGUCAAAGGAACAGAAGAGGAACAUUCUCCCAAGGAGGAUGAGGUGGUCUCUGAUGAAAUCCUAUUUUCUGAAUAUAAGGGGCAAAGAUUUCUGAGUCCUGUGGAAGAAUCUGAAGAUUUUGUAGGUGUCUCUCAUGUUUCUUGCACUGGUGAUGGUCCCCACCUCUUUCUGAACAAUACUGAAGCUGGAAACCAAAAUGGCAUAUGUAUGUUUCAGGUUCCACUCUCCUUCAAACUGUUUGAUAAACUGGUGGUGAUUAAGAAUGUAGGUGAAGGCUUUGACAUUCCAUGCAGGGAUGGUACUUCAACCCAGAACUGUUUUUGAGCUUCUAGAAAAUAACUUAUUAUCUUGCAGACAGCAAAUCGAAAAAAAAAAAAUGGCAGACAGACAGCUUCUACAACCACUCUCUGAGGAAAGACACCAUAUCCCAGAGACACAGCAUAUUUUUCAAGAAGAUAAUAUUUGUUGGAUUGUCUUGAAGUAGUACUACACAGUUUUCUUUACCUGAGAUCUUGGACAGUUAUUGCUAGUCGGAAAGCUGACAAUAGUGGAACGCAUAGACCAGGGGUCUCCAACCGUGGCAACUUUAAGAUUUGUGAACUUCAACUCCCAGAGUUCCUCAGCCAGCAAAGCUGCCUGAGGAAUUCUGGGAGUUGAAGUCCAGAAGUCUUAAAGCUGCCAAGAUUGGAGACCUCUGGCAUAGACCAUAUGGUAGAGAUAGCUUCAACUGAUAGAUUUCACUGGAUUCAAAUUUUUUUUAUUUUUUUUUAUUUGCAUUUAUAUCCCGCCCUUCUCCGAAGACUCAGGGCGGCUUACACUAUGUUAGCAAUAUUUAACAUCAGACUUUUUUUCCUAGCAUUCUGGGCCAAGAGGCUGGGAAAAAAACUAUCCCUCGCAGGGGCAUAACUUGAGCCCCCAACUCUCUCACAUGAUGUAUCCUAAAGCUGCUACUAAAUUAUACAUGUUAUAUAAUAAAAGUGGAGUAACCCAUUAAUUGUAUCCAAUGAAUUGAAUUGCAAAUUGGUUUGACUGAAUUUAAUAGCAAUAGCAAUAUAGAACUUAUAUACUUCUUAACAGUGCUUUUACAGCCCUCUCUAAGUGGUUUACAGAGUCAGCCUAUUGCCCCCAACAAUCUGGGUCCUCAUUUUACCGACCUCGGAAGGAUGGAAGGCUGAGUCAACCUUGAGCCGGUGAUACUCAAACUGCCAAACUGCUGGCAGUGGGCAGUCAGCAGAAGUAGCCUGCACUACUGCAUUUUAACCAUUGCGCCACGACAACUCUUAAUUUUUGUUUGUUUUUAUUUGUUUGGGUUGGGCUGAGUUGGUUUAAGCAUUUUUGUCUUUGCCCCAGAAAAUUUCUCAAAUGAAAUCCUUCACCCUUGACUUGAAAAUUGAGUGUAGUCCUGAGAUUUCAAAAGAAAUCACACAUUCCUGGCCUUUUAAACUCUGCAGAGCUAUUUCUGUAGACACUGCUAUUGAAGAAACAUCAUGAACAUACAGAAGGUCCCUGCCUUCUGCUGAUCAUCCCUUGUCCCACUUCCAAGCUCUACAAUUAAUGCAUAGUUUCAUUCAUUUCAUUUCAUUGUCAGGGUGUCAGAUUUCAUUUCAUUGUCAGGGUGUCAUUGCUCCGAUGUCCUGCCAUUGUGAUGCGGGGAGGAGAGGGGGGUGGAUGAGCAUGCUUGAGAUUUUUCUGCUUCUGCUGUUCGCUUGGGAAUUAGGGAGGGGGACUCUCUUCGGAGAUGGGACAGACUUCUUCCCAGCCAGUUUUCGCCAGGUUCCAAGGCCAUCGGGUGCUGAGUGUGAACUACUAUCUGCCUAGUUCACCUCACCACUUUGAGCACCUCAAAGUUCUCAAAACAUCUUCUUGGCAUGCCGGUGGA